AUGCUCUCACGCGCCCUGCCCACGUCGAUGAGCAUCGCCCAACCGCCACGGGAUACGGGCCUUGCAUUGACCUCCAUUCACGAAGCUGUUGCUUCGUGCCCUUGCGAUCUUGCCAAAGUUACGAGCGACACUACCAGGCCCUGGAUUCCCGCGAUGCAAGGUCACAUAGGCUGCACGCAUGCGCCCUUCUUGAGCGCGUUUCUGAGCUUUCUGCCGAAUGGUCUAUCGGAUAAUCCAUCCGACUUUCGUCCGCCCACUGCCAGGGAAGCCUCUGUCCAAGGACCAUCUCGGGGCGGAUCAGUGCAGCGGAGGAGCUGGACUCAGGGCCCUAUACCUCAGGGCCCGGGCCUGACGCCGACACAUGCGAGUGACUCGAUGACCAGUAGACCCAAGAAGAAUAAGGGCCCGCGUCCAUGUGUCAUCUGGGAGCCAGCUUCCAGGCUGAACAAAGACAUCGCCCAGGUCUUUCUCAUGGGGACUUUCUCCAAAACCCCUCCUCAUCACCUCUCCGACGCCAUCAAGGACUUCUUCGUGGUUGUCUAUACCCCGAUGACCACUACCGAGGGCGCACCUGACUGGGAUCUUCUCCCGCAUAUUCACUCGAGUCCUUGCUGGGCGUCGCAAGCCACUCAGUAUUUGAUCCCUCUUGUAGUUCCGGUACGCGCCAACAAGCUACAGCAAUAUUACAACAAGGGCAUGGACCAAAACAUCUACGCGGCCGGCAAUUGCGCAUAUAUCAACGAAGAGUCGUUGCGCAAGCUGACGUGCCUCAGCGAGAUCAUCCAAGCGCGCCUGUCGCUGAUGAUAUCCAGAGGCACGACUGCUCAAGAAGCCGUGCAGGCUUUCCUGCGUGAUAUAGGUCCGCGCUUUGAUCCGGCGACUGGCUCGAUGCCCUCUGCUUCGACUGUUUCGACCGCAUCCUCGCAUAAUAAUCAUCCUGGGAGCAUGCGCGCCGGGCCGUCGAUUCCGAGCACAGCAGGCCAGCUCAAGCCCCCGCGAGCGCCAGCAAGGCCCGUGCAGCCCAAUGUCAGCUAUUCGAGCAUCGCCAAACGAGCGACGCAGAGCGGGGCUAGUACGCAUUCGACAGCGAGUGCUCGUCCAAGGCCCGAGCGACAGGCAACGAUACGCCCCGAGCGGCAGGAGACGAGUAGGCCGGCCCGGGAGCGACAGGCGACGGUUAUGCCGAACCGGCGAAAGGAGACGGAGACGACGAAAAUUGAGGGGAAAUCGACGGAGACGGUGGCAGGGCAGCUGGCGCCAGCACCAGCGGUCAAACAAAGAUCACCGAGCGUGAAAUCUAACGCGUCGUCGACCAUAAGCAGAUUGCUUGAGACGCCGAAAAGGAAGGUGCGAGAACUUGUGGGGAUGGGACGCCGAACUUCGGGAACGCUCGCAUCCAUCGUCUACCUCUCAUCCUGGGCCCACUCCUGCGUCGCUCACAGCGUAUAUCUCGACGAUGGACUCGGGUUCUCUUCGCCAGCGAGACUUACCCUUCGAUCGGACACUCAGAAGCUCUACCUCUACGAGGUCCCUCUCGGUCACAGCCAGCCACAAAGCAGCCCUUUGCAACGAGGGAGCAUCAUGCAGAUCGAUGCACAUUUCUUGGCGGCACUGAAAGGUCUCAUUACGAAGGAGGAGCUUGCUCUUCAUUCGAAGCGAAAUGCUAACUUAAGCCCAUUCUUUCCACCGCGCAAGCGCAAGGGUUCCCGCCCUUGCAUCAUAUGGAACAUCCACGACGGGCCUGAUGAUUUGGUCGACGUCUUUCUCAUGGGAACGUUUGAGCACGUCGAGCAUUAUCAUUCACUCUCGCCGGCCCUUCGACACUGGGUAAUCACUAUCUACCGAAGAUCCCAUCGUGAAGACUGGAAUACUCUGAUGCACGUUCACUCGAGCCCGGAAUGGACGUCGGAUCCGUCUUGGCUUAUUCCUCUUGCGGUCACCGUUCCUGCCGAUCGUCUGCGGGAGCAUGACCGGGACGGACGCUGCUCCUACAUCAACCAACACCAACUGGACGUACUCGCAAAGAUCCACCGUCGGAUGCAGAGAGAAUAUGACACCAUCUUGCAAACCAGUACGAUACGGGAGCUUUUCUCCGGCAGACUGCUUGAUGACACCCGCAUUGUAAGUCGCCUCGCGCUAUCGACUUGGUUCGGUGCUUACUUCAUGACGCCGCAGAAGUUCAUCAUGCACAAAGACAGCCCAUUGUACGACCGGCCCUCGAAUUUUGCAGCCUUAGGCCAGCAUUCCGUUUGGCUAUCCAAUAACAGCUCUCUCAGCCUCGCGCCAACAUCCAACGACAUGCAGCCGCCCAACAAGCGCAGGCGACACGAGGGAAUAGAGCCCGCAGAGCACAACUCCGGUGUCGGGCGUGGCUGGAGGGGCGCCUAUGAGCGCGGUGGGGGGAAUGCUAGCUCGCGGCGCGGCGCCAGUCGCUCGCGCGAUCAUGGUCCGCACCCCCGACGCGCGAACGGAGGUUCCACGACUUCGCUCAACCGUAACUCGGCUGGCCACCGGAGCACCACAUCUCUGUCCUCGCACUCCUCGAAUGUCUCGCAAGUCUCCCGCGUCUCCCGCGUCUCGCACGUCUCGCAGGCCUCGCAGGCCUCGCAGUCCUCCAGCCACUACUCGACCGCGCAGUCUGAGGCAUCCGGUCCUAAUAUCCGAACUCGCAAUGUGUCUGGCGUAUCGAGUGAGUCUGCUUUCUGGAGCGGCUCUGGCGACCUGAAUGGUGCACGCGAGCGACGGGAGUCAGGCGCGCUUGAGCGGGGCGGGUCAAGCGUGCGGGCCGACAAGCGCAAGCGUUCCCCGCCCGCGACCCCCGCGACCCCCACACCGCCCCCGACGCAUGCACCCUGGCCGCAGACGCCUGCACCACCGAGGGUGACGCACCUCGACCAUCACCUUCCGGAGCAGGCGUCCUUCGCAUUCCCGUCACCGCCGCCGCUACGUCUGACCCUCCCGGAGCCCCCAGAGAAGCCACUCGCGCCCCCGGAGACGCCGCGAAAGAAGCGCGCGACCGCGGAGGUGCCGGGCCUGGUGCUCACGUCGCUCAAGAAGCUGUCGCCUCCGAGCCUGAAGAGCUUCGGGCGGCGGCACAGCAGCAGCAAGGAGAACGCGGAGACCCCGACGCGGGAGCGCGGCGACCCGCUGUCGCCCCAGGAGCCCAGCCUUCGGCGCACGUCGAGGGCGAACAGCCUGCGCUCCUCCUCGAGGCCGAAUAGCACGCCGUCGUCGCCCAACAGCAGCAAGGUGGCGGCCCUCAAGUCGCCGCUCGUCAAAGUCGCGCAUCUCCUACGCGUCGGCGGUGCCACCCACAGUCGCCCGGAGUCGAGUGCGCCUUCGGGGGAUAGCCGCGAUUAG